AUGAAGGGCGAGAAGGCUGCUCAACCACCGUUCGAUGGCAAGGACUUCGAGGUGUGGUUCGAGCGCAUGAAGGUGGAGCUGGAACGCAAGGGCGUGUGGAAGUACUGUGAGAAGGACAUCGAGGAGCCGGAGGAGUCGAAGCAGGACGAGCACGACGCGUGGAAGAAGGACUCUGCGCGCGCGAAGGAGCUACUCUACGACGGAAUGACGGACAAGAUAAUGAAAACUGUGAAGUUUGAGCCGACUGCGUUCCGUGUAGUGGAGAGAUUGAAGCAGAGAUUCGUCGGAAAAACGUAUUUCAACAUGCGUUGGAACUCGCGUAUGAUCGACGCCAAGGACGAAAGCUGGACGAAGGCAGUGAAGACCAAGCUUUGUUUGGAGGAUCUGGUAGAGGUCGGGGCCGAGGUCGUGGUCGGGGCCGUGGCUCUGAUCGUGGCCGUGGUGGUCGCAGUGGAGGACGUGGUCGAGGGCGUAGUUUUGGUCGUGGUGGUGGCCGAGGAAGCAGCCCAGGAUCUGGACGUGGUCACGGAGGACAAGGUACCAGUAGAGAGAGAUGUUUUCAUUGUGGAGAGCAAUCGCACCAAGUGCUGGACUGCCCACGCUUAG